AUGACCAAUACUACAUCGACCAACUUGACCCCUUACGAAUCAACAAAUUGCAAGGCUGCCUUUGAUAACCUUUAUCUUGUCGCAUGGGAGAAUCGGGACGUUUCCUUAUGUCAAAUCGAAAAUGAGUUGGGAAUGAUAGUGUCUGAUUGGGCAGAGAAGAAGAAAGCUCCUGGUAAAGCUAUUAUGUGGGAUGUUUUCCCGAAGGCUAUGGUAUUUGGUUGA